GUGAUUGGUGGAUCACCCCUAUUCGAAUAGCGCGCUGCAACAUAGCUUAUAGCCCCGCGCCCUGCUUUCGUAUUGUUGCAGGGCUAGGCUUUACGAUUUAUCAGCAACGCGUUUUACGAUGGACGACGCCAGAAGAUGAAUAGACUGCCACCAGGAAGGGGCAGGCUGCGGACGACCAGUGACGAGUUCUUUACAUGAUGCACCACCACACCCGUUCUGUGGAAGAGAAGGAGCUGGGGCUGCGAGCUCCGUGGGUUCCUGUCCGUACAUCCAAGCAGAACCGACCAUCGUUCACCAGAAUUCUCUCGGCGACUCUCCUACUCUUCUUUCUCGGAUUAUAUGCCUCUCCAGCUUCAACAUGGUCACGCGAGCAAUGGCAAGAUUCGAUAUUCGGAGUGACUCCCGCCAAUGAGACACUUGGGUUCGGAGGAAUCUUCCCAGUUGUGGCAGUGGGAUCUCCAAGGAGAAAGGCACUACUUGAAAGAGCAGCCGUCACCGAGUUGAACUUGACCAUCCCCGAACAAGUGGUGUGGACAGACGAGGAUGUCCGACGCUUUCGAAUCUUCCCCGAAGACAAAUCGAGCGCAGGGAGGGGAAGCGUGACCGCGUGGCUGAGCCACCACGUUGCACUUCGGGCGUUCCUGGACUCGGGCCUUGAAACAGGUCUGAUCCUCGAGGAUGAUGUGGACUGGGACAUUCGUCUGCGGACGUACCAGAUUCCGAUUGCACAACGAGAAGCCAGAUCGCUGUUCAAUACGGGCCGGAGAGACGCCGGUAGCUACCCGUGGGGUCGUCCGGAAGGGUGGGACCUUUUGUAUCUUGGUCACUGUAUGGACUCAUUCGACGACUGGGUGAAAGGCGUUGGGGUAGGGCACCGCCACCCUGAAGACCUCGAGAGAACAGAGCACAGAGUAUACCGGGAUCGCACGAUGCUGGCUCCAUCCGAUCUGCAUCCCUGGACGGCCUCGUUAUUUACGUCAUUCGACAUACCCAAGGGCCACCGCAUGCUUCACAGAUCCGUGUUUCCGCUCUGCACCUUCGGAUACGCCGUCACUCGGAAGGCUGCUGCGAAGAUACUGACCACCAUUGCGCCGCCAAUGGAAAUACCGAGCCGCCAAACUGGCGCGUACGAUGUUGCGAUCCUGAAGGGCUGCAAUAGCGAGAACGGAGGGCAGCUCAGAUGCUACAGUCUGCAGCCAGAACUGUUUCACCACAUGCCUGCGAAGGCUGGCGAUGGCAUCGUUGCGAAGGCGGACGGGAAUGAACGCAAGCCCGCGCUUCCCCCACUCGCUGUCGCAGGGAUCCCACAAGACAUGUACCGGAACGAAACGAGUAAUAUCGGCUGUGGGUUUUAUAGCGGUGAUUUCUACUUCGACGGAGACUUGGAAAGGCUGGAGUAUCUGCGUACACAGGUGGUUCGACCGGGGCGCUGUCGUAAGCCUGGACGUGAUGUUUCGUAGCUUACAGAAAUGUGAUUGCUUCCGAUGUG